CCUUUCUUCUUGGUCUCUUCUUUGUACUCUGGUUUGAUUUUAUUGUUUGGAAUUUUGAUUGUCCCUUUACUGUCCUCUUUGUGUUUUUCUUUUUUUAUUAUAAUGUUAAUGUUUGUAAUUUUUGAUUUGGAAAUUGUUAUGUUUUUAGGUAUAUUAAUAAGUGAAAUUCGCCGUGAUCGUAAUUAA